AUGAUAGCUUCUUACAAUUAAUCAGAAUGGACAUAAUUCUUUAAGUAAAAUCCAUUAAUCUAUUUUAUUAGUAAAAAUAAAGAGGAUAAGAUGUAGCAAAACAUUACAGAUAUUAACAUUUGCUUUGAAGAUGUUAAUCCAUUAAAAAUUUAUUUUUCCAAUAUUAAUAAACACCCUAAGUUAAAAAUCAGUUAAGAUGGUUAAAUAGUAAUAGAUUCUUCAUUGGGUUCUAAAAAAUUCAUUGCAUGUGAUCCUGCAAUUCCAUCCUAAGGAAUUCAUUAAUUUACAUUUUUGAUAAAUUAAUUUGGAGCUGUUUAUAUUGGUAUUUGUAUACUAGAUAAAAUUAACAUUGAGAAAUAUUAUUUGGAUAUUUGGAGUAAAAUUAAUCAUGGGUAAAUAAUUUAGUUAAUAGAAUUAGAACUUAUUUGUUAUGUAAUGAUGGCUUUGUUUUUUCCAAUCAUUCUUAGUAAGAAAACAAAGUUGAAACUCAUUUAAAGUUUUAAUACAAUGAUAAAAUUACAGUAGAAGUUAAUCAAGAAGCAAAAACUAUUACUUGGAAAAAAUUAGGAACUAAUGAAAUUUUUGUAUUAAAUAUCUAAUGA